AUGUCUUCGUCCCACACAGAGAUAGUAGUAUCCCGAACGCAAGGGAUGCAGGGCUCCACGCCGACGAAUGCCAGAAGUAGCAAGCUGGGCACGCUCUCCGUCAGCGAGCUCCGCACGGCCAUGCAGCAGCACCUCCGCUCCACAGGGGCUCUGCGUGAGCUCAAAAUGCAGCUACGUGGCAUGGUGCUCGCCGAGUUGCUACAGCAGCCCAAGACGGCCAGGAUGCUUGUUCACGGGACAUCGCAGUCCGUCCCACCGUCACUAGGAGAAGGGCAGAGGAAGCUGGAUGACAGUAAGGCUUCCGCUACCGGGUCACCUGGCACUCCAGCCAUCGCCAUCGUCUCGGGCCGGACAGACCACACCUUGCAGACCUGGUCGUGCGGCUUGGCCGACGCCCUCGUCGAGAAUCACCUGCGUCGCACGAGGCGCGCCAUGUCGCUCUCCAUCUUCAGCACAGAGGCCGAAGUACCACCUUUCAGUGUGAGCGGCGCCCCAUCGGAGGAGGAGCAGUACCUCGCCCACCUCUUCCGGCAGAUCGACGCUGGUGCCUCCGCCAACCCCGAGGACGACAUACUCGCCCCCUCCCCGUCCCGCUCUAUGAAGAGUGUGUUGCAACGACUUGUGGAGGACUACGUGAUGCGGCAGGGCCCCGCGAGCACCGCGGAGGCGGCACGGCACCUGCACAGUUGCAGCACCCAGACUGAAGCGGCCGAUAGCGCCGAUAGUGCGAUGAACCCUCUCAACUCACUUGAGUGCCGCCUUGCCGCCGUCGAUGCCAAGUAUGCGCUCACCUUUGCUCAACUCAAGCGGACCGGUGGCUCGGGGGAGCAGCCUUUCUUUCUCCGCUCCGAGGUGGAACGUCGCCUGCAGCAGCACAAGAACGACAUGCACGCGCAGCUGCGCAGCGAGUACGAGCAGAAGUACAACAGCUUCACUCGAGUCAAGCUGCAAGAAGCACGCGACGAGGCGGAAGGGCGGUACCGCCUCCUUGCGCAGAACAAGACAGAGGAGCUGGCUGAGAUGGAGCGCAGCCUGCUCGUCAAGCUGGAGCAGGAGCGGCUGCGGCUGAAGAUGGCGUGGGAGGACGUUCACCAGCAGCGCGCAGAGCUGGAGAGGCGCCAGCGCGACACCAUAAAGCAGCUGGCGGACUACGAUGCGGCGAAGCAGCAGAGUGACGCGGAGCUGCACUCAUGGAAGGAGAAGACACGCGCACUGCAGCUGCAGUGUACCAAGUGGGAAGAGCUCUGCGGGACACGGCUUAUGGAGCUGGACGGCGCUCGCAGUCGUGAGGAGCGGCGUGUGGAGGAUAUCCGCCGCCUGCAGGCUGAGCACGCUGCAGAGUUGCAGCUGAAGGAGGAGGAGAUUGGUCGUCUGCGCUACCGCCUCCGCCUCGUCUCGCGCGAGAGCGACUACUCUCACUCUGCCGCCGCCGCAGCAGCAACAGCCUCAACGAACCGAAGUGGAAAAAUGGACACCAGCACCGUACCGCAGGCACCGCCCCGCACUUCAACUGCGCCGGUCGACACACAGCAGCUCUACGGCCUUCUCCUCCGCACGGAGGAGAUGCACCGGAAUGCAGCGGUGCAGCAGCAGCAGCAGCAGCAGAAGCGGUGGGACGCAGCGUGGGUCGCCGCUGCUGCUGCCGCCGCCGUAUCUCCUGCGCCAGCCACGGCGGCAGCGGCGGCGGCAACCCCAGAACGCGUCUUUGCGGUGUGCAGCAGCUCGCCGCCGGCGCCGGCGCCACAGGCAGCAGUGUAUCCGUCGCCAUCAAGUGAAGGGCAAGUCGCUCAGCGGUCACCUCACCACUCGGAGUCUUCGGACCACCAAGUGGCAGCGGCGUCUGCCCCAGCCGCCGCGAUCAUGCCGGCCUCCACCUCAGCAGCUACCCCGGCAGCUUCAUCGCCUUCCUCACCCAAGGUAAGCGCCCCAGCGCCGACGGCCACCGCUACUGCGGUCAAGUCUCCCUCGAACUCCGCUGACAAGCCUCGGGAAAGCAGCGCCUCAUCGAAGAAAUCCCUCAGCACCAGAGCCUCGGUCGCACCGCCAUCAUCCUCGGUAUCGUCCACGCACCCGACUCCCCAGAAGCCAACAAGUGUGCCGGCCGUAGAAGCCCAAGCCACCGAGUCACUUACGUCGUCCAGCACGCGUAUGAGCACGUCCUCAUCCAGCGCACUGUCCAGCGCCUCGGCAAAGCCGGUGCAGCCUAGCGUUCAUAAUGCAGAUGAUGAUUCCAAAAACAAAAGUGCCGCCACGGCGCUCCUCAACGCCGUGGCUGAGGAGGAGCAGAGUGGCCGUGGUGAGGUACAGUCGGAGGAAGCCAGCGCGCGUGACAGCAUCGCGUGGUUGGAAGGAAAUCGACGCGAGCUACUGGCAGAGGAUUCGAAGCGUGCCCGCAGUGAGGACGGCGGCGUAGUCUCGCCCUGGAAGCACUUUGGCGGCGGAUCGUCGGGGCCUCAGUUUGGCGGCGGUGCUGCUGCCGCUGAUGUGGGCUUCAAUGAGUCUUUCAGCAGCGACGACGCAGCGCUCAUUCACGACUCGGAUGAGGAUGACGUGGAGUUUUAG